GUUGUGGUAAAAGCCUGUAGACCACAUAUGUUCGAAGCUCCGUCCAUUUAAUGUACUCAUUUACUCUGUCAUUAACUGGUUAACCCUAUCAUAUGAGAAAUGAUGAUGGUGGGGUGUAGUACGUGAGCCCGUGAACUUUAAGUGUCCAUCCUCCUAUUUUGAUAUUUUACAGCUUGCAUUGACUGAAAGGGUUUAUUAGUGUUAGUCUGAGAUUGUGGAGAGCAUAUCGAAGCAAGUAAACUGCGGAUAGUCAGUGAAAGGGUUAGCAGCAACCUGUUUCUCUCCAAUUUCCGCGAUGAUUUUCUCCACCGUCUUUCUUUGCCUUUGGCUCUGUAUUCCAAACGGUGAACCCACAACUGGUUCCAGGAUCCGAAGUGGCCGGCAAAGGUCACCCAAUAAUAGUCAAAGACCUGCCAACUUAAGAGGGCCUAACUUAUGUAAAGGAGAUCAAGGAACGACGUGUUGUCCAGGAUGGAUGCUUACCCAUGGUACCUUAAUGUGUAUAAUUCCAAUAUGCAUUCACUCUUGUGGUGAUGGUCGUUGCAUUAGGCCUAAUGUGUGUUAUUGUAACAACGGUCAUACUGCUGCCCAUUGUGGAACUACGGGUAGACCAGGUCCAAUUAGUCCUGGUAUACGUCAAGGUCCAAUUACCCAUGGUAUACAUCCAGGUCCAAGAAUUCCCGGUCCUGGAAUCUCAGGCCCAGGAAUCCCGAGUGCUGUUGGUUCAGGAUCGGGAGGUGUGAUUCCAGGUGGUCCAGGAAUACUAAGCCAUCGCUACCCUGUAUGUCGGGAACCAUGUUUGAAUGGUGGUCGUUGCAUUGGACAAGAUCGUUGUUCGUGUGUGUACGGAUUCUCUGGAAGAAGAUGUGAACUAGACCUCAGAACCGGACCAUGUUUUCGCAAGGUGAAGAACCAGUUCUGUGCAGGGCAGUUAUCGGGUGUUGUGUGUACCCGACAGCUUUGUUGUGCUACAGUAGGAAUAGCAUGGGGUCAUCCCUGUGAAGAGUGCCCCUCAGAACUUGACUGUGAUCGGGGUUUCAUUACCAAUAUCAACUCCAGGUCUUGUCAAGAUGUUGAUGAAUGUGAUGCUAUACCUGGACUUUGUGAAAAGGGAAAAUGUGUAAACAGCAUUGGUUCCUUUCACUGCGAAUGUGAAGAAGGAUAUGAGAGAGAUGAAGAUACAGAUUCUUGCAUAGAUGUAGAUGAGUGUAAAUCAUUUACCUCUGUCUGCCAGCAUGGUCGGUGUGUUAACACAAAGGGUAGCUUUUACUGCAUUUGUGGUAGAGGUUAUGUUCGAAGUCCUGACAGCAAAGCAUGUCUUGACACUCGAAGAGGUGAUUGUUAUUUGGACUUCUCAAGUGGCCGUUGCCUUAACAAACUAUCUGUACGUCUUUCGAAGAUGGAAUGCUGUUGUGGAGACAACAUGGGAAAGGCCUGGGCUGACAAAUAUUGUGACCCUUGCCCUUUAAGCGGAACAAGAGACUAUGAUACCUUGUGCGAUGUUUCACCUGCGAUAAAUGAGUGUGACUUGAAUUCUGCUCUCUGCAAAAAUGGAAGAUGUAUUGAUACCGAGAAAUCGUACAAAUGCGAAUGUUUUGAAGGUUUUCGAUUAGUUAACAAUCAAAAGAAAUGUGAAGAUAUAAAUGAAUGCAAGAAUAAAAACAUCUGUCAGAGAGGACAGUGUGUUAACACACAAGGAAGUUUCCAGUGUAUAUGUCCAAGUGGGUACUUCCUCACAGCUGAUGGUCAAGACUGUACUGAUAUGGAUGAAUGUGCAACUAAGGGUAUGUGUGCAAACGGAGUAUGUUUAAACAUUGAUGGUUCAUUCACGUGUCAGUGUAAUGAAGGAUAUGUGCUAGCUCAUCUAGGACAUGUCUGUAUUGAUAUUGAUGAAUGUGCUGAAAAUGGUCGAAUCUGCAAUCGAGGUCAAUGUGAAAAUGUUCCGGGAAGCUAUCGGUGCUCCUGCAAGGAAGGCUUUGUUUUAGAACCCAAUGGAAAAUUUUGUGUUGGUAAUCUCUCACCAGGUGGAUAUGUUUCUGUUGGUAGGUUUUAUGUUUUCUACGUGCUCUCACCAGGUGGAUAUGUUUCUGUUGAUAUCAAUGAAUGUGUUGAAAUUCCUAGCUCAUGUAUAAAUGGACAAUGUCUCAAUACACCUGGGAGUUUUAAGUGUAUUUGUCGUGAUGGUACUGAAUUAACCAAUGGAGGAAGAACAUGCAUUGAAACUAGACGAGAUUACUGUUACUCUGUGUUUGAGAAUGGAGAAUGUAGUCAGCCGUCACGAAUGCUUGUGAGAAAAUCUAAAUGCUGCUGUGUUGGAGCUACAAUCGACGGUAUAACUCCAGCCUGGGGAACUCCCUGCACACCUUGUCCCUUCCCUGGUACUACUGAAUAUGUCAGGAUGUGCGGACAGGCUCCACAGGAAAUUUUUUAUGUUAAUGAGUGCGUGAUGUAUCCUUCAAUUUGUGUUAACGGAGCUUGUGAAGAUUUGCAUGGAGGCUAUAGAUGCAUCUGUAAUCCAGGUUAUGAGAUUGAUUCUACUGGAAAGAAAUGUUCAGAUAUCAAUGAGUGUAGAGUGAAUUUGUUGCUAUGUGAUAAAGGGCAGUGUAGAAACACACCAGGCAGCUUUCAGUGCACAUGUCCAACUGGAUACAGACAUAAUACCCAAACCAAUGUGUGUGAAGAUGUUGAUGAAUGUAGUGUACCGGGUCAGGAUGUCUGUAUUGGAGGGGUAUGCAUAAAUGCAGAAGGCAGCUACAGGUGUGAGUGUGAACCAGGAACUACUCUUGAUAAAACAAGAAAUAUUUGUAUUGACAACAGAAAAGGUGUAUGCUGGUUGUCUGUUCAUAAUGGCAGGUGUGAAAACGAUGUGAAACAGCUCAUACUGAAAUCUGAAUGUUGUGCUACUAUUGGGAAGGCAUGGGGCAGCCCUUGUCAGAGAUGUAGGGAUGCUGAUUUGACAUGCCCUAAAGGAUUAAUUAUGUUAUAUGGAAAAACUUGUACAGAUGUGAAUGAGUGUGAAGUUUUUCCAAAUCUCUGCCAAGGCGGAGGACUCUGUGUCAACACUGAAGGAUCUUAUCGUUGUAACUGUCCACCAGGUUUAACCUUAGAUCCAAGUGGUAACAGUUGUGUUGACCUGAGAGAAGAGUUAUGUUAUGCUGAUUAUGAAGGUGGUCAUUGUAUUAGCCCAUUCAGUGGUCUACACAGGAAGAUGUUGUGUUGUUGCUCUGUGGGAAAGGCUUGGGGUCAUUCCUGUGAACCAUGUCCUCAACCAGGAUCAUUGCAGUUCAAUGAAUUGUGUAUUAAAGGACCAGGGUUUUCAUUGGAUGGGAGAGGUCGAGGAGAAAUGAUUGUUAUAACUGAUAUCAAUGAAUGUGUCCAUUUCCCUAACAUCUGUAUGAAUGGAAGAUGUCAUAACACCAUCGGAAGCUUCAACUGUCAGUGUAACCAAGGGUUUGCUCUUGAUAAACUUAAUUUGAAUUGUACUGACAUCGACGAGUGUUCCAUAGCCAGAGGUGUUUGUGCAAAUGGACGAUGUAUCAACACUCUUGGUUCCUUCCGAUGUGAGUGUAACGAAGGCUUUGAAGACACUAUGAUGAUGCAGAUGUGCAUGGAUAUUAAUGAGUGUGAAAGAAAUCGAGGUCUUUGUCGAGGUGGGCAGUGUAUUAACACUGUUGGUUCUUUCCGUUGUGAGUGCCCCCUUGGUCAUGAACUGACUUCUGAUGGAAGAUAUUGUAAAGAUAUAGAUGAAUGUAGUCGAACGAGUGGCAUCUGCUCUAACGGUGUCUGCGAGAACAUGAUGGGCACAUAUCAAUGUAUAUGUAAUGAGGGAUACAAGCAGACUCCUCAACUUACCAGCUGUGAAGAUAUUAACGAAUGUUCUGUUAACAAUGGAAACUGUGAAAAAAUUUGUAUUAACACCCAAGGAAGCUACUCAUGCAGUUGUAAGGAAGGAUAUCGACUGUUGUUUGAUAAAAAGUCUUGUACAGAUAUUGAUGAGUGUAGAGAACUACCCAGAAUCUGUAAUGGAGGACAGUGCAUAAAUUAUCCUGGUUCUCACGCUUGUCGAUGUACUGAAGGACUCAUGGAAUCUCCUGAUGGAAAGAGUUGUGUUGAUGUUGAUGAAUGUGUAUUGAACCUAAACCUUUGCCAAAGUGGAAGAUGUGAAAAUACUCUAGGGUCCUUCAAAUGUCACUGUGAUCCCGGAUUCUCACUGAAAGAACUGAAAGAUGGUUGUACGGAUGAUGACGAGUGUACCCUGAACACGGCUACAUGUGAUGAAAAUGCAGAAUGUACAAACACUGUAGGAUCAUAUAAGUGUGAAUGUUUCAGUGGUUUUCGUGGUAAUGGAAGAACUUGUAGGGAUGAAAAUGAAUGCCUUCGAGACAAUGGAGGGUGUGCUCGAGAUGCACGUUGUAUCAAUACACUAGGCUCCUUUUCUUGUGAUUGUGAUGAAGGAUUUGAAGGAGAUGGUUUCCAAUGCAGAGAUGUGGACGAGUGUAGCCUGAAUGGCCAGUUGUGUGAAAACGGUCACUGUCUUAAUUAUGCUGGUGGUUAUCACUGUGAUUGUGAGAUGGGGUUUACUCUCCAAGAUGGAGAUAAAGAAUGUAUUGACAUCAAUGAGUGUUCAGAAUUCCGCAACAUCUGUGUUCAUGGACGAUGUGAGAAUGAAAUCGGAAAAUACCGUUGCCAGUGUGACCCAGGUUAUAAGCUAGACUUUAGUGGAGGUAAUUGCACAGAUGUUGAUGAAUGUGAAAAUCCACAAUCAUGUCAGUAUGGCACUUGUAUAAACACACCUGGCUCGUUUCGCUGUGAGUGUCCACCAAAUUAUGAAAUUGCACUAAACGGCACUGCUUGUGUUGACAAGAGAGAAGCCUCCUGCUACUUAGAAGUCAAAACGUAUAAUGGAAGGAGCUUCUGUCAAACUGAUCUUGGAACUAGAAUGACAAAAGCAACUUGCUGCUGUAGUGUAGGAAAAGGAUGGGGUCCAAACUGUGACUUGUGUGUUUUCAAAAAUGCAACUGAGUAUCAUGAUAUUUGUCCUGUUGGACCAGGGUUUCGACCAAAUACCUUGACAGUAAUUAUGGAAGAUAUCAACGAAUGUGAGGACUUUCCAGACAUUUGCGUCAAUGGUAGAUGUUCCAACACCUUUGGCAGUUUUAUGUGUAUUUGUUUAGAUGGAUACCAACUUGAUAAAAGUCACAGGAGUUGUAUUGAUAUAGAUGAAUGUGAAACUCAGUCAGACAUCUGUGGAGCAGGCACAUGUAUCAAUAACAUUGGAAGCUACACCUGUUUAUGUCCUCCUGGCUUUGAGAUUCUAUCAACAGGAAGACCAACAUGUAUUGAUGUUAGAACCUCUUCAUGUUACAGAGGAUACUACAGAGACCCAGACACCAAGGAGUUUGUAUGUCUACAUUCCCUCAUGGUAAAUCAGACGAAGAUGACAUGUUGUUGUUCUGUUGGCCGUGCCUGGGGAGACCUGUGUGAACCGUGUCCCAGAAAUGGCACAAAGGCGUACAUGAAGUUAUGUGAGGAUCCCCGGACAAAACCUGCAGACAUGGAUGAAUGCAAAGCCAUAAUGUGUGAAAAUGGGCGUUGUAUUAACACUAUGGGGAGCUUUGUCUGUCAGUGCUACGAGGGAUACCGAUAUGAUGAACGUAUGAUCAAGUGUGAAGACAUAAACGAAUGUGCAGAAAGACGAGAAAUUUGCCAGGGACUGUCUCAUUGUGUUAACACUCCAGGCAGUUUCAAAUGCUAUUGUCCUGAAGGUUAUCAGCUGUCUUCAAACCGUAGAAACUGUACAGAUGUGAAUGAAUGUGUAGACAUAUGUCAACAUGGACAGUGUACAAACCUUCAGGGAAGUUUCCAGUGUACUUGUAAUGAGGGUUAUUAUCUGUCACAAGAUAGGAGAGACUGUCUAGAUGUUGAUGAGUGCACUCGAAGACCUGGAAUAUGUCUUAACGGAACUUGUCAGAACACACCAGGAUCUUACCAAUGUACUUGUAACUCUGGAUUUUUCAUAACACCAGAGGGUGACUGUGUAGACAAGGAUGAAUGCCGCACCAUACCAGGACUAUGCCUGAAUGGUCGCUGUGUUAAUACCAUUGGAAGCUUUCUUUGUAACUGUCAAGAUGGCUAUGAACUAAGCUUAGACAAACGCAACUGCAUUGACGUAAAUGAGUGUGAAAAGUUUGAUUAUUGUUCAGAGUGGACGUGCCAGAAUUCAGAAGGAUCAUUUCAGUGUAUUUGUCCUGAUGGCUAUAUUGUGACUCCAGAUAAAAAGAACUGCCAAGAUAUUGAUGAAUGCCAGACCAUACAGAAUGCUUGCCAUGAAGGAAUAUGCACAAACACACCGGGAGGAUACUUAUGUAUAUGUCCAGUUGGUUUCAAAGUGUCAGAUGAUGACAUGGAAUGCAUUGAUAACAGGAAAGGUUACUGUUAUACUGACUUUAAGAAUGAUAUGUGUGUAAAGCCAAAACCUACAAACACAACCCGAAUGGAAUGUUGUUGUAUGAAAGAUUCUGUAGCAUGGGGCCACAUCAAAUGUGAGCUUUGUCCUACAGCUGAAGAAGAAGCAUUUAAAGCACUAUGUCCUAAUGGAAUGGGAGUCUUCAGUAUCAAUGGAGUGGACAUUGAUAUCAAUGAAUGUGUGAUUGAUCCAAACAUCUGUGAAAAUGGUUACUGUGUAAAUACUGAUCGUAGUUACCGUUGUGAGUGUCAGGAGGGUUUCAUACUAGAUGUCACUGGCAGAAAAUGCCUAGAUUUUAAUGAAUGUGAGGAACACAAUAUUUGUGGAAAUGGAUCAUGCAAGAAUGUGAUUGGUGGGUUUGAAUGUUUGUGUCACGAAGGAUUUACUCCGGGCCCUCGGCAAACUUGUGAAGAUAUUGAUGAAUGCUUGGAAUUCAGUCACUUGUGUGCAUUCCGAUGUCAGAACACUCCUGGAUCAUUUAAGUGUGUUUGUCCUUAUGGUUACACCUUAGCAACAGAUGGAAAACACUGCGAAGAUACUAACGAAUGUGAGUCUCCAGUUAAUAACUGCCGUUAUGAGUGUAAGAACUUGGUCGGAUCUUUCAUGUGCAUAUGUCCUGAAGGGUAUGAGCAAGUAGGGAUGCGAGAUGAAUGUAGAGACAUUGAUGAAUGUGCCAACACUGUUGGUAUCUGUACCAAUGGACGAUGUAUCAACACCAGAGGGAGUUACAGGUGUGAAUGCUUUGAAGGAUUUGAAACAAGUGCUGACCAGACAUCAUGUAUUGAUGUUCGUCUGGGCUACUGCUUCAGCUAUGCUGCUGGUUAUGCCUGCAUAGAUACAACAGAAAUGAAAGAGAUGACUCGAACUGAUUGCUGCUGUGGCAUUGGAGCUGCCUGGGGAAAUUUAUGCCAACCUUGCCCUACCAGAGGAACAAAAGAUUUCACGGAUCUGUGUCCUCUCGGACAAGGAUAUAAUUUAAUAGGUCAUGAUGUUGAUGAGUGUGCACUCAUGCCCAGCCUCUGUCCUAAUGGUCAAUGUGCAAACACCUUGGGUUCUUAUAGAUGUAUCUGCAACCGAGGCUAUAGACCCGAUCGGACCAAGACCAGCUGUAUAGAUGUUGAUGAGUGCCAACAAAAGCCCUCUCCAUGCAAGUAUACGUGUAAGAACACAGAAGGAAGCUACAUGUGUCUCUGUCCGACUGGCUACAGCCUUAACCAAGACAGCAAAACCUGCCAAGAUAUUGACGAAUGCAUCACAGGCCAACAUGACUGUGAGCAUGGCUGUAUAAAUACUCCUGGAAGCUAUCAUUGUACUUGUCCUGAAGGUUACAAGAAAUUGGAAAACAGGUGUAUAGAUAUUAAUGAAUGUGUGGAACAGCCUCAUUUGUGCUCUCCUCUUGGAACCUGUCGAAACAUUCCAGGAAGUUUCAAGUGCAUCUGCCCACGAGGCUACGUUACUGAUCCAUCAGGAACAAUGUGUAUUGAUUCAGAUGAGUGUCUGCAUGAUGGACGCUGCCAGUAUGGAUGCGAAAACCUUGAAGGAACUUACCGAUGUGCGUGCCCACCAGGGUUUGUUCUACAUUACUACUGGAACCAGUGUAUAGAUGGUAGCAGACUUGGUGGUGGUGGUGGUACUCCCUGCCAUGGUAGUUCCUGUACUGAUGGUUGCGUUCCUAAUGGAGCAAAUGACUAUAUAUGUCUGUGUCCAGAUGGAUACCAAAGAAUUGGGCAAGGACACUGUGUGACCACAUCAACAUUUCAGUCGUUUGGAACAAAACGUCCUUUGGCCAAUGGUGGAGAAGCGUAUGUUAAUGGCCUACUUCCUAUUAAUGGUGGACAAUUUCUUCCGGGCCCUGGUGAUUACGGAGAUAACAGACUUGCACAGUAUCCUUAUCAGCAGCACAUUCCUGAAACUGGUCGUUACGUUCCUUCCACGGACAAGAUAAUCUCCACAGAGGGUUGCUACGCUUGUGGUUCUGAUGGGAGACGAAGCAAAAGAGAUUUGGCAGGGAAAAAAUGGCAAUUUUUCAAACGAUUAACUUCGGAAAUGAGGCAGUGGCAAAAGUCUCAAAAUAUUUCUAAUAUGACACAAGCAAUGGACCAACCAAUAAUUGUUAAACUUCCAGUCUCUGCCGCUCGUCCAAAGCUCCGACUUCUUCAAAUCCAUCCCAUUAUCACUUUUUUGAAAGACAAUGAAAAGUAUGAGAUAUCGAACAACAGUAACACUGAUGGAUUAUUUCAACUGGUUACCAGACAAGAUGGGGCAGUAUUGUACUUGUCAAAGAAAAUAAAGCAACCGGGAACCUACUUUCUCAACAUCAAGGCUAAAACAAUCAUCCCACUUCCUCUGAAGGAAGACGCACGGAGAGAGGCUUUCCACAUGACUGUUCACCUACUAGUUACCAAGUAGUUGUAAAAGCCAAGUUUCAAACAGAUGUAGCUGUGGCUGAUUGGUUAUUCCAGUCAGAAUGUGGUAUUAAUGGUGUGAUGAUUCAUAUUUGCUUUAAUCUUGUGUUUAACUUUGUUGUUGUUGUUAUAGUAUUUUCCUCUUAGUAUGGUAACCCUCCUUUGCUAGGUCAGAGCUUGUAGAUAUACUUGAACUUUCAUGCAAUAAUAAUGGAAACAAAAAUUAAGGUAUUUUGAAAAUAUUAACAUCACACAUACUAUUCAGGUGGAUUAUUAUAAUUUGUAUUCUGAGUAAAUAAAAAGCCCCCCACCUUUAUAAGGAAACGAUCUGGCUGUUUAACAGAUCAUCUCUUUAACAACAAACAGUAUUGACAUGCAUGUGAAAAGGAUGAAUAUUUACAUGAAGACCAGAGUGUUACGUUAAAGUUGAGCACAUCAUGUCAAAUACUGGAAGCUGAAAAAGGAUCUUAAUUAUUUUUUAGAAGUGACUUAGUGAGAGGGACACUACACUAAGAGAUAAGCUCUUACACCACUAUUCCACUACAUGCCAGCCAGUACACAGUAUUUACUGUCUACUUUUUAUCAUUAAGAAUGAAACAAUAGAAUAGUUGAGGGUUUUAUUUUCAUCUCUGUGUCACGUCCCGUGUAAGUCAAGUAUUACACUAACCUAUCUGGUAUCUAAUAAUAUUCCACACAGAUAUGUUGCUUUGUGUUAGUGUUGUGUACAUUAUUAGGGUCACUCCCUCUCUCUUUCACUCCAAUUUUAAGUUAUUUUCUGACAUUCAAAAUAUGGCCGAAACAGCCGUAAAGUCGAAUGUAUUGAUAAAUGUCCUUUCAGAUUUUUACAAUACAAAUACAAAUACUGCUAACUGCAACUGAAAGUUUGAUACGAUGUUAAAAUUACUUCCUUCUUGCGCAUCUGUACAAUACAGCAACUGAAUGCUGUUUGUAAUAUUACUCAGAUACCAUGUUUUAUUAUGUUGGCCUUAAUCUUUGGAAGUUAUAGACUGACCACAUGUAUUCCAAAUUUUUUCAGCCAUUUGUCUUAAAUGUGCCUUAACCAACCUCUGUACAAGUUUGUUGCUAGAGCUAAUAGCCACUGCCAUUUUUGGGAAUUCACCCAAGAGCUGCUUAAGCAAUGUUCCAUAUUUAGUUUUCUGUAAAUGUAUACUUACUCUUUUAUAAAAGAAGUUAGAUAUUUUAGUUGACCAUGUACAUUAGCAUUUGCAUCCAUUUUUGACUGUACAUACCCCUGAUAUGAUUCUCGGGAUGGUACUGGCCAAGUUAUUGAAUUAGUAAUUUCUUUAUUAUGAAAAGUAAACUAAUAAUAUUCAGUAUAUGAUACCAAAAAUAACAUGUUAAUGCAAAAUAUUUACUUACUAAGUGUUUUUCUAAACUAAUUGUGAUAUCAGUUUAAAAUAUAUAUCAAAAAGUUACUUUUCUGACAAUUGUGAAAAAAAUCCAAGUAGCUUUACUUUUAUUACAUCUGCAAAAUCUUAUUUAACUUUCAGUUUUGGAAUUCCUUUUAUCUUGGAUAUAUCUAUAUUAAUUUUUUAAUUAUGAUUACACUUAUUACUCUUGGUAUGUGCAUAGCAGUAAGUAUAAUCGUAAUUGAAAGAUUAGUAACAACUCAUUAAGAAAAAAAAAAAAGCACGAUACAUUUCACAUACAGAAAUGAAAAUGGAAAAUUAUGUAAUUGUGAGUUUCUUUCUGGACAGAAUAAGGAUUUAAACACUAGGAUGCAUUGGUGUAAUAAGAAACAAACUGCUUUAAAUCUAAGAAACAGAGCUUUGUCUAAACACUAUUCCGUUUGAAUUAAAUCAAUAGUAUGAAACUACAAUUCAAUUAGGAUAAAACUAAGAGCAGAUUAUUAAUGAACUUGUAUUGAAAGAGAGAGAGAAGAAACAUUUAUCAGUGUGUUUGCUUGAAUGUUUGUAAUGAAAGCCAAUAGUGUUCUGUAAACAAAGAAUGUCUCGAGUCUUUCAUGUCAACUUAAAAAUUUAUAUUCAUCAAAAGAAUCUAAAUUAUUCUUAAGGAUACUCUAACCAAAUCUUAUAUAAUUCUAUCCUACGGCAAGAAUAUUCUGUGAUGACACGGUUUUUUUUUUUAAUUACUCACAUAUUGCAGGUCUGUAGUCUUUCUUCGUAAUGUAACAACACAGAUAUUAACUAGUUUUUUUUGCAACUUGUAUUUGAAAACUGUACUAAAAAUGAAAAUUAAAAGUUUUUAUUUCUGA